AUGAGAAGUCUGAAGACCGCCGGGGGAUUAACAAGAGGGCGUGGCAUGACGGAACAGCAGCGAACAAUAUGUUUGCUUUCUACUCCCGCAUGUGCAGAAACUAGCCAAGCAAUGCAAGAAUUAACGGGUGUUUUAUACAACUCUGGUGAGCAAAAUAAGGACAUGACUGACGCAAGACAGCAACGGUAUACCAAAGACACGAUGACAAUACUUUCUCUGUUAUCAGAUAGAAGUCCAUUUAUAACAAGCACCACACUUAGAAACAUCMUGAAUGGUGUCAGUGCAGAACAAAAUGUGAACGCAGAUUCUGCUAAGGCAAUCGGKAAACAGAUUAUAUCAGGAAUGAGUGGACAAUCUGUAUUGGACUACUCAUUCAAGCGAAGUGAGCAAGCAAAUACCUUCAACUCUUCUUAUUCAGUUAGAAUCGACAAAGAACAAGUGCAGAUUGAUCAGCAGCUUCUCUUUCAGCGACUUGUUCUUGCUUGCAACAAUGCAGAUGACUUUCAAUCAGUGUUUCAGUUCGAGCUUUGCRCCUACCCUACCGCUUUAUUCGAAGCACCAGGUGUCAUGAGGCAAGCAAACAAACCAGCUCUCGCCGAUGCACUAUGUUYCCAACUGAGUUCUUCCGCCGUCAACCAAUCAACCUCACCCUAA